AUGAGUUCACCCUCAGCGUCAUUCGUGUACCGCUCCCGUCGCCGGUCAAAGGGAUCUCGUCCGACGUCGCAAGUCUCCGUCAUAUUCGACGACAGUACGAACAACAGCUCGAACACUGCGACUUCGUCGCCGAGACACUCCAAGGACAGCAAUCACACGCUGGCCUCGGUCUCCGAUAUCGACCGCGAGCUGGGCUCGCAGGAACAGCUGUCGGAGAAGACCCAGGGCAACCUUCGCAAGAGCCCGAGUGCGAACUCACUGGCGUCUUCGCUUGCUUCUCAGCGAGCAAACCGAUCGACGCUCCCCGACGUCCCGGAGGAGACGGCACACACCGACACGCCAGUCUCUGUCACGACAGACGUCACGUCUCCCGCUGAGACCGGUGCGCGGGCCGCUCCUCACAGCAUUGUACCUUCCUCGAACUCUUCCGCGAUCCCGACUGUGCAAGCAUCGCACUCGCCUACAUACCAUAGGGUCGGCACUUUCCGCAAGCGCGCCCGCUCGACGCGGCCGCCUACGGCUUCCACCUACACGCAUACCUCUAUCCACUCCAUUAUCGACUCCCCGCCAUCCAAGCAGUCGGAGCAAGCCCAGUCUGGUUGGCGCCAAUUCGCAGCGCAGAACAUGGCAUCGCGGUAUGCAAGGCCGCACGUUGCAUCGCACCCGGAGCAGAGAAGCCUCGACUCCUCGCACAUCUACAUCUCGCCGCCCAGCAGGCUGCGCGAGGCUUCGACCCUGGCUAGGAAGCGCACCCGCGAACGACCGAACCACCUCCGCAAGGUCAGACGUGUCGAGGGCUAUGACUGGAUUCGGCCCGAAGACCUGGACGGCUUCGAGAGUGCAGAAGGCUUCUCAACCAAGUCAACUCAGUCCCUCGAAGUGUCCCCAUCGCAAUCGCAUGCCCCAAUGACGACUACAUUGUGCGUAUGA